AUGGAAAACGAUAAACAACCUAAUUAUUAUGAUAAUGAGAAGGCUCUUGAAAAGAAUGAAAGCUUCUUCAACUACUACGUAAACCAGAAAAUAUUGAAGAGCCAAGAAAUCGAUAAUUUUAUGGAAAUAAUUAAUAAAGAAUUACCUAUAACCUUUAGAGUUUUAAAUAAUAAUAAAUAUAGUAGUUUUAUACAUGAAAAUAUAAAGAAACAAUUAGAAAACAUUUGUAAAGAUAAAUAUUCUAUUAUUAAAUUAAAUGAAGAAGAUCAUAUGUAUGAAAUUCAUUUAACUAGAUCUGAAAUUAAAAAACAAGAAAAUUAUAAAAAUUUAUAUAAUUAUUUAAUAAACCUUAAUGAAAGCGGUUUCAUAUUUAGACAAGAACUUGUUAGUAUGCUACCUGUUUUAUUUUUAAAAUUGAAAGAGAAUUUUUUCGUUCUUGACAUUUGUGCUGCUCCUGGGUCGAAAACUGCCCAAAUUUUGGAUUAUAUGCACACAAUCAAUAGAAGGAAAAUUAAAAAUAUUUUAAUAAAAAAGUUUUUAAAAAAAAAUAGGACAACCUUGUAUAAGAAUUUAUAUAACUGCAAUAGUGUAGAUGAUGAAGAUAGUGAUAAUUCAGAUGAUUCAUUUGAACUUGAUUCGUAUAAAAUUAAUGAUGUUAUAAAAGAAGAUAAGAAAAAUGAUACAAAUAAAAUAAUUAUGAACGUUCAGAAUAUUAUGACUAGUCAGGACGUUUUGUUUUAUGAAAAUAAUAUAAAUGUUCAGAAUAUUCUGACCAGUCAGGAGAAAACAAAUAGUGUAGAUAAUUUGCAUUGUGAUGAUAAUAUGAAUAAUGAUUCGUUUAAAAAUGAAGAUAGCAUGCAUGAUUAUAAUAAAAAUAUAUGUAAAGAGAACAUAUAUAGAACGUAUUACAAUAUAUUAGAAAAUAAUAAUUACGACGACCCUUUUUUUGAAUAUAUAUUAAAUGUGGAUAAUAAUUUGUAUAAUGAUUAUAAGAAAUUAAUUUCGAAUAAUAAUCCGGAUGGUGUGGUUGUUGCUAAUGAUUCAAAUUUUAAAAGAUGUUGUAUGUUAUUUCAUCGAUUGAAAAAUAUUCAUAGUGAUUGUUUAGUGGUAACGAAUAACAAUGCAGUGACAUUUCCUUAUAUUUAUAUUAAGAGAGAAAAUACAAAUAUGGAAAAUAAUCAUAAUAAUGGUUUUCAUCAUAAUAAUGAUUAUCAUCAUAAUAAUGGUUAUCAUAAUAAAAUAUCAAAUGAUGGUAAUAUAUUACAAAACGAAAAUAACAUAUUUGUGAAAAAAAAUUUUGAUUCAAUUUUAUGUGAUGUACCUUGUAGUGGUGAUGGAACAUUAAGGAAGGAUAGGAAUGUGUGGAUUAAUUGGAAUGCAAAUAAUGCAUAUAAUUUAUUUCAAAUGCAGGUAAAUAUAUUGAAGAGAUCUAUUGAAUUAACAAAAGAAAAUGGUUACAUUGUGUAUAGCACAUGUUCUUUAAAUCCUAUUGAGAAUGAAGCAGUAAUAUGUGAAAUAUUUAAUAGUGUAGAAAAUUUGGAUUGUUUAAAAUUGAUAGAUUUUCAUAAUGAAUUAUUAACAAAAUUAAAUUAUGAAAAAGCUAUUAGUGAAUGGAAAGUUGUUAUGGAUGAUAUAUGGUUUGAUACAUAUGAAAAGUAUUGUUCAUAUUUACAAAAUAAAGAAUCAGGAAAAUAUAAAAAGAUAUAUGAAAAAAUACAAGAGGGAAUGUUUCCUCCAUGUGAAGAAUUUAUAAAUUGUAUAAAUUUAAAAUAUGCAAAACGUUUUUUUCCUCAUCAUUAUAAUGCUGGUGGUUUUUUUAUAGCUGUUAUAAAGAAAGGAGAAAAUUUUCAAUGGAAGUCAAAUAUGAAAAAGGAGAAUAAAAGUAAAAUGUAUGUAGACCAGAAUGAAAGGAUAGCAUUUGAGAGAGAGGAGUAUAGAAGAAAGUAUAAAAAUAAAAAAAAAUAUAACAGGAAAAUUAAGAACAACAAGAAUAAUAAAAUGGAUCAAAUGAAUAAUAUGAAAAAUGUAAAUGGUGUAAAAAUGGAUGAUGAGAAAAUUGGUGGUGAAUCAAAGAAUGAAAAUAUAACAUCAAAUGAAAAUAUAUCAAAAAGUGAAAAUAUAACAAUACAUCAAAAUGUACCAAUAAGUGAUAUAAUUCAAAAAAGUAAUGACCUAAUAAGUGAUAUAAAUAAAAAAAGUGAGGAACUAUUAAACAAUUACAUAAACAAUAUAGAUGAUAAUAAUAUACCUAAUGACACAGAAGCGUCAAGUGUUCCUAAUAAACGAGGCAACAACCUAAAUUUUGAAUACACGCACGGAUAUAGAAUAAAAAUAAACAAUGAAAAGUUAGUUAAGCAACAAGAAUAUGUAAGUUUAAGUUAUUAUGAGAAAUUAAUUUGUGUAAAUAAUUUUCUAGAGAAAAUUAAAAAUUAUUUUAAUUUAAAUAUGAAUUUUUUAUCUAUUAAAAAUAAUUUGUAUAUACAUCUUCAAGACAAUGGUAAUGCAUAUAAAUUGUCUGUAAAUGAAAGGAUAAAUUCAAAUGUUAAGAAAAUAUAUUUAGUUAGUAAUAGUGCGAAAGAAAUAUUAGAGAGUUAUACAAAAAUGAAAUUAAAAAUAAUUACAGCUGGAAUAACAGUAAUACAAGUAGAUAAAAAUAAAAAAAAUACUUAUGAGAAUUAUUAUCGAAUUAAUUAUAGUGGUUGUUUAAAUUUUAUUCCUUUUUUUCAAGAUAUUGAUAAUUUUUUUAAAAACAAAAAAUAUAGAAAACAAAUUAUUGAGAAUUAUUUUUGUACUGUAUAUGAAAAUAAAGAAAGACAUUUUAAUUUUGAGAAGUACAUGAAUCAAUUAAUUGAUGAAAGGAAAAAAACAAAUUUGUCAAAAUUGGAUUCAAAUAAAAAUAAGGGACAACAAAUAUCAACUAAUGAAAUCAAAAAUGAAAUAGAUAAUAAAGAAAAUAACAUGAGUAAGGAAAGUGAUGAAAAUAAAAAUGAAUAUAUAGAAAAUGAUAUAAAUUUUGAAUAUAAUAAUGAUAUAACAUGUGAUGGAUUGGAUAAUGUAAUGGAUAUACCCAAUGAUAAUAUAACAAAUAAAAAUAUUACAUAUAAUAACAUUACAUAUAAUAAUAUUACAAAUGUUAUAUGGGUCAAAAGUGAUGUAAUUUUAGAUCUAAUAAAAGUGGAUAAAUCCAAAAUUAAUAAUAUAUCAAAUGAAACAAUAAAACAAACAGAAAUGUUAGCUAAAUAUUCACCCAAUAUUUUAUUAACUCUUAAUAAAAAUAAACAAAUUUUAGCUGUACCAUCAAAUAAAGGAAAUAUGUAUGUAGAUAUAAGUAUUGACAAAAAUUCAAUAAUGAUGUUACCAUAUAUUUUGAACUGA